GGGGGCUCCGGAAACGUGACUGAGAAAUGAGAUGGAGAAGUACGAGCGGAUCCGAGUGGUGGGCAGAGGUGCCUUCGGGAUCGUGCACCUAUGCCUGCGCAAGGCUGACCAGAAACUGGUGAUCAUCAAGCAGAUCCCAGUGGAGCAGAUGACCAAGGAAGAGCGGCAGGCAGCCCAGAAUGAGUGCCAGGUCCUCAAACUGCUCAACCACCCCAAUGUCAUUGAGUACUAUGAGAACUUCCUGGAGGACAAGGCCCUCAUGAUUGCUAUGGAAUAUGCACCAGGUGGCACCUUGGCAGAGUUCAUCCAGAAGCGCUGUAAUUCCCUGCUGGAGGAGGAGACCAUCCUGCACUUUUUCGUGCAGAUCUUGCUCGCACUACACCACGUGCACACCCACCUCAUCCUGCAUCGGGACCUUAAGACCCAAAACAUCCUUCUCGAUAAACACCGGAUGGUUGUCAAGAUUGGGGACUUUGGCAUCUCCAAGAUCCUGAGCAGCAAGAGCAAAGCCUACACGGUGGUCGGUACCCCAUGCUACAUCUCCCCUGAGCUGUGCGAGGGCAAGCCCUACAACCAGAAGAGUGACAUCUGGGCCCUGGGUUGUGUGCUCUAUGAGCUGGCCAGCCUCAAGCGGGCCUUCGAGGCUGCAAACCUGCCAGCGCUGGUGCUGAAAAUCAUGAGUGGCACCUUUGCCCCCAUCUCUGACCGGUACAGCCCUGAGUUGCGCCAGCUUGUCCUGAGUCUGCUCAGCCUGGAGCCCUCCCAGCGACCACCGCUCAGUCACAUCAUGGCCCAGCCCCUCUGCAUCCGUGCGCUCCUCAACCUCCACACCGAUGUGGGCAGCGUGCGCAUGAGGAGGGCGGAGAAGCCCUUGACCACUGGACCACCCCUGGCCCUGAGCAGCACCGGGAGCAGGAGCACCAGUGCCCGCUGCAGGGGCAUUCCCCGGGGACCCGCUCGCCCUGCCAUUCCGCCCCCACUCUCUUCCGUAUACGCUUGGGGGGGCGGGCUCAGCACCCCUUUGCGCCUGCCGAUGCUCAACACCGAGGUGGUCCAGGUGGCAACGGGGCGCACGCAGAAAGCGGGAGUCACGCGCUCGGGACGCCUCAUCUUGUGGGAGGCCCCACCCCUAGGCGCUGGAGGGGGUGCCCUCCUGCCAGGGGCAGUGGAGCAGCCGCAGCCCCAGUUCAUCUCCCGCUUCCUGGAGGGCCAGUCGGGGGUGACCAUCAAGCACGUGGCCUGUGGUGACCUUUUCACUGCCUGCCUGACCGACCGAGGCAUUAUUAUGACCUUCGGCAGUGGCAGCAACGGUUGCCUAGGCCAUGGCAGCCUCAAUGACAUCAGCCAGCCCACCAUCGUGGAAGCCUUGCUGGGCUAUGAGAUGGUGCAGGUAGCCUGCGGCGCCUCUCACGUGCUGGCAUUGUCCACUGAGCGAGAACUCUUUUCCUGGGGCCGUGGAGACGGAGGCCGGUUGGGACUUGGCACCAGAGAGUCCCACAGCUGCCCCCAGCAGGUGUCCGUGCCCCCAGGACAGGAAGCUCAGCGGGUUAUAUGCGGCAUUGACUCCUCCAUGAUUCUCACUGUGCCUGGCCGGGCCCUGGCCUGUGGGAGCAACAGGUUCAAUAAGCUGGGCCUGGACCACCUCUCCCUUGGGGAGGAGCCUGUCCCAGAUCAGCAAGUGGAGGAGGCCCUGAUUUUCACACCUCUGGGCUCUGCCCCCCUGGACCAGGAGCCCCUGCUGAGUGUGGACCUGGGCACAGCUCAUUCUGCAGCAGUGACUGCCUCCGGCCAGUGCUAUGCUUUCGGCAGCAACCAGCAUGGCCAGCUGGGCACCAGUGCCCGCAGAGUCAGCCGGGCACCUUUUCAAGUCCAAGGCCUCCAGGGCAUCAAGAUCUCGAUGGUAGCCUGCGGGGAUGCUUUCACUGUAGCCAUUGGAGCAGAGGGUGAGGUAUAUUCUUGGGGCAAGGGGGCCCGUGGUCGACUGGGAAGGAGGGACGAGGAGGCUGGACUCCCUCGGCCAGUGCAGCUGGAUGAGACACACCCCUACACUGUGACUUCUGUGUCCUGCUGCCACGGAAGCACUCUUCUGGCUGUUCGCCCUGUCACAGAUGAGCCAGCGCCCCCCUAAGCACCUGAAGAUGCCUCUGGAGAAUGCUUCUUCCCUGAAGGUUCUGGAAAAAAGCAUAGGGGCCUGAGACGUGAUCAUUGUCUCCCCACCCCCAAACU